CUCGAGGUUGAAGCACUGGCGACGUUAUAGGCGAUUUCGUCUCCUACAGUUACCUGUUGAAGCAAUACAAGGCUGCAUCAACGUGCUUAAUAUAAAUGUCGAGGAUUAGUUUCCUGUUUAAAAUCGCGGUUUGACGUUCCGCAUGCGCCAGCUCCGGGCAUACUACUGCGUUCUGGCUAGCGCCGCUCUCAGAGCGCCAUGGCUGGAGAAAUUCUGGGACUCCGGAACGUCGUGGUGGACAGCUGCUGGACGCUGCUGCCGUUGUCGGCGCUGCUGGCCAUGCUCGCAGCAAUGAUCAGCAAGAACAGUGCCCUAUUCUACGUGGCAUUUAUGGACGAGUUCGGUGCAAGCCACCAGACUGCCAGUUGGCCGAUAACCGUGCACGCACUGAUGGGGCAUCUGGCUGGUCUGCUUGUCACUUUACUCCAAAAGAAGCUGUCAAUCUACCAAAUUGCUGUCUCAGCGAGUCUACUCAACUUCACGGCAAUGGUAGCCUCGGCCUUCGCACCCACCGCUGCUUGGAUGACAAUUACUCUGGGCCUCGUUGGCGGUACGGGGUAUGGAAUGAUGGUGCUAACAUUGUCCAUCUACGCUAUGGUAUACUUCAAAAAGUACAGGGGUACCGCAAGUGGCUUCAAGUACACCGGAAUGACGUUGGCACCACUCGCUUUUCCUCUGGCCCUGUCGGCACUCAUCCGAGAGUACAACUUGAGUGGUACACUCCUCCUGCUGUCAGCUGUCACACUGCAUACUCUGCCUCUUGCCAUGCUGAUGAACAAUCCGCGACCAGUUACCUUUUGCUGCUCAGAAAAACGUCGUGGGGCCUUGAGAGACAAUUUUCGCCAAGGUUACGGUACAGAAAAGGAAAGCGCCGCAGUUACGCCUGGGAAGCAAGCAGCCCCAGUAGUCAUUUCCAGACCAGUAAAUUCAAGAGAAGCUUGGCAAGAGGGUGCCUGCAAAUCUUCCACUGGACGUCAUGCCCACAACGCUCCGACAGCAAAGCAAGCAAGUGUCUCCAAGCCAACGAACCAUGCAUGCUUCGUUUCUUCUGCUACGGUGGGUUGUUCUAAACAAAGCUUUGAAGAUGAGGACAAUGGCUCCAUCCCGAAAGCCCCACUUACCAUCACAUUAGGAGCCAUUGAGGACGAGAGAAAAUAUCUAGCUUGUUUUUCUGCUUCCGGUGAACACCGGCAAAAUGAAGACUUCAAUAGCUGCUGCGCACGAGAAAACAAUGCUGUUGUGGUAGAAAAGAAAGAGCGUACCGUUCGCAAAAGUGUGUGUUCGAAGAUAGUAUCCACCGAUAUUCGGAAUCUCUUCAGGAAUCCACUUUUUUAUCUCUUUCUGGCCACGUUCACGACUAACGAGUACACUGCAGACACUUUUGAAAUGACCGUGUUAGACUAUACCAUAGACAAAGGUACUGAAAGGAGUCAGGCUGAACCUAUCAUUACGUACAUAGCUGCAGCCCAAUUGGUAGGACGGCUAUCAUUGCCACUUCUCUGGGAGAGCGUGGGACUUCGUCGUAGCGUCCUCUUGGCGCUAUGCCUGGCGGCCGCAGCAGUCCCCCUGGCCGUUAUGCCGCACGUCCACAGCUUCACUCACGUCUUGGUUACGUCUUUGACAAUGGGAUUCUCGUCUGCGUGCGUGGUGGUGUUGAAGCCUGUGAUCUUGAGUGAUCAUCUUGGAGUUCAGAUGCUCCCAUUCUGCUGGGGUCUCGCCGGCAUCGCCUUGAUACCAUUCACUCUCGGAGGGUCACUACUUAUAGGUCUAUUCCGGGACACCAUGGGAUCGUACGAUAAUCUGUACAGGAUGAUGUCAGCUUUGUACCUCGUCUUCGCCAUCAUGCUGUUCAUCUUUGCCUUCUUCGAGAGGCGUGCACAAAAGCGCCUCGGCCUCACCUGAAAAAUGGAACCGAGCGGAUGUCACCCGAAACAUUCCAUGGUCCAAAUAUUGUGCACACGGCUCAACUGUGCCAGAGUAAUGUAUCCCGAGAACGAACUGUGAGAGUUGACCUCUGCCUGACUGAUGAAACAACAGCGAUGUCGAGCCACGAGGACUACUGUGUGCACAAAUACGAAUGUGUGUCGUUUCUGCACUGGAAGUUUGCUACGCAAUGCAGUUUCGCUUUGCAUUCACUGCGUAUAUUGAAACCCGGCACCGGCUGCAAUAUUCCCAUGCCUUCUCUGGCUUUGCGUAAGAGGAUAUGUGUUUAUUUGCUGGCUUGUUUGCCGGUUGGUUCACUAUACAAGUAGUCGGUCGUUGCACAUCCACCCGGCGUGCAAUCUCACGAAGGCCUCCAGGCGUGCAAGCAUGUAAAGACGAUACGUAUUUUCUGAUCAGACGUAUUGCACUAACAGAAAUUGGGAAGCGUGCCUUCUUGUUAAAGAGAGCGGGCCACAACUUCGCCGAAACCACGUAGACCGGAAUCUAUGGUGGGCUGCGCCUGUAUUAGUAGACAUCCACUCUCGUUUCGUUGAGCACACCUUUUUUUCGACCCCACCUAACAGUUUGUUUUCUUCUGCAAAUGGUAUGUUCUUUAUGGUAAAGCAGUUGCUGGUCCGACGACAGGAGAUCCGAUGACAGCACUAUGGUAACGCACAGCCACGCUUCUUACUUUGUACAUAUGGUAAAAUGACAACGAUGAUUUUUCUUUUUCAUGAGCACAAUCGCCGUUAUAAAUGCUGUCUAAUCUUUGCACAAGCUAAAUGUGCCCGCGCGCCAACACACAAAGCCUUGAGAACCACAUCAAGUGUUUUAGUGGUGCG